UCGCUACAGCACAGCAGGAGUCGUUGGUCUUCUGUGUCGAGUCUCGAGUCUCGAGUCACACGACGUAGGCAAGGGCUGCGAUCAGGGGACACGAGAAUAAGCGUUUCGAUUGUUGCUGCAAUUAAGCACGAUGGGAGGUGACCACGACGGCAUGGAGGGCAAGGCGACCGAGGAGGAGAUGGUUGCGGCUAAGAUGCCCAUGGCCUUCCGGGACUCGUGCGCCCACCUGCUGCUGCCCCUCAACAAGUGCAGGAGAUCCACCAUGUACUUGCCAUGGCAGUGCUCGCACGAGCGUCACAUCUACGAGAAGUGCCAGUAUCUCGACUUUAAGGAAAGGAAAGCGAUGAUGAAGGAGAGCAAAGAGUCGUGAUAGCCGCCAAUGCCAUCGCCCUUGGGAGGGAACACCUAGGCAUUCGGCCCCUGCGUUUGGGGACAAAUUUUUUACAGGGCAUUGGGGCUUGGGUGUGGUUCGGGGUACUGCUGCUGCUGUGAAACACUUGGACGGGCGGCUGUGGCGAGGCCAUAAAGUCGGGGACGGGAUGGCAUGGGAGGGAUGCCUUGAGGCCCCCCCUCCGCACUCCGUCCGGCAAUGAAGCGCUGCGCCUGCCGCGUCGUAAAGCAGCGGUCAGUGCAGCCAGCUGCUGCAUAUAGGCUAUCACUACAAUGGAACGCAUUUUCGGCGGUGUUGAGCAUUUAGUGCAUCAAAUGGCUAUGUUUGCGGUUGAGUGGGCUUCGCAUUGAGUGAUUGAUACCGGUGAGUUGAGCGAGCAACAAGGAAGAUGCCGAGAGAGACCAGGCCACACUUGCUUGGACGUUUCUCCAAAGAGGAGGAGAUGGUUGACUCUGCGGCGCUGCCUUCCUAUUGCUAUAAAUAUGAUUCUUCCGCCGUCUUUUUUGGUCCACAGCAUUGCGUCGCGGUUGCAUCGUGGAUUCUGCCUA